AUCAUCAUGGCGGGGCGGGACGAACAGAGGUGACAGCGACUCGGAGAAGUGACACAAUGUCCAUUUAGUGACAUUUUUCGUGUGCCUUGUACGAUCCAAUAGACUCAAUGACGCUUCCAACGCCAAUCUGCAGGGAUUCCCUGCGUCCACCGCUUGUGUGAGGGGCACCAGCAGGCCCACCGCUCGUCUCCGCAUCUCCGGUGGAGGACACCGGAUCUUCUUUUUUAAAAAUUUUAACAACAAAACAAAGGCCUCUGCUCUCCUGUCAUGCAAGUUCUGAAGGACAACUUCUUCUACCACUCUAACGCAAGGCUAGGGGCCGAUGGGGGCCCGGAGGACGAGAAGCUGCUCCUGCAGGAGGAGCAGAAGUUGUGUCGAGCCAGAGCCCGCAGAUUCUCCCAUGAAACCAAUCGACGCAGAAAGGCGUUGGAGGAGAGGCAGAAGCAGUGGCGGCUGCAGGAGGAGCGUCUCAGGGACGCCAUCUUGCAGCAGCGACAUCAUAAGGUGCAGGAGGCCACCGAGAGGUUCCAGAGGGCCCACCUCCCCCCGUCCCAGAGGAGGACCUACCUCCCCCUUGGCCUAUGGAGGACCGGGCCCAACAUGGAGGAAGCUCUGCACCAGAUCCAGUACAGCAGCGGCUCCUUCGGCUGUCAGUCCGCCCCGGUGGCCAGCACCAGGAGCUACACCCCCUCCCUGAAGCCCACCGCUGGGACGACCUCGCGCUCCCAACGCGGGCUCUCCGCUGUGGAGGCCUACAGCAAGCUGCUCCUGGAACCCCGCAAGCACCUCCUCAAGAGCCACCAGCACCUCCUCCACAAACCCCCCCCGGAGGCCAAGCAGGAGCAGGGGGAGCAGCAGGCACGGCAGGGGGCUAUCAGCCCGUCGGAACGUAUGCACGACACCAACUGCUCCGGGAGCCUGUCGAGUUUGGACAGCCUGGAGAACGAGGACCUCGACCGCCCCUCCCCGUCGGCCCAGAAUCAGGGACCGUGGGCGGCCUCCUUCUCGCUGGACCCCAAGGGCGGUCAGGCAGCCGCGCAACCAAUCCAAAAUGGCGGCAGCCCGCGUCACGGCAGCAGGUCCGGCGAGACGCUCCGCAGGGCGGAGGACGGCCGUUCUUACGUCGGCGUGCAGGAAGGGUCCUCUAACCAUAGAGGGGCCACGCCCCCUCCCGGACGCUGCGCCCUCUUAUCGCUGUGCGAAACCAUCGCCGCCGCGGAGAGCCAGCGUAGCGAGGACGACGUCACCACGGUAACCACCAACAGCGCCGCCGCCGCCGACUGGAAGCCCGAUAGUUACUUUUUGGAACGGGAGGAACGGUCUGACCUCGGUCCCCGCGGCGACCGCGACGCCGCGUCCAGACCUCCCUUAGCGACGCAUCUCUUUUUUCCCGCCGAAAAGCUCACAAAGUCCCAUGAGGCGCCGCGCGAGCCGAUCUGUGAGCCCGACGACGACGGGAAGUCUCACGCCACCAACCGACAAGCAGUGAGCGGCCACGGCAGCCGCGUGCUCGAGGAGAACAGCUCACUCCAGGACCUCAUUGCCAACCUAAACACGUUCUCCAACGACUGGACCAGGGCGGAGAGCUUCAAGGGCACCCGGACCCUGCAGCAGGAGAGCUCAUCCCAACUCCUGCUGGACAUGUCCAGACACCAGGGAGCCCCUAACACCGCUAACAGCGCUAACAGAGCUAACACCGCUAACAGAGCUAACAACGUCAACGGCGCCGACAGUGCUAACGCCGCCGACACCACUAACGACGCUGACGGCAUGAACAGCGCUAACAACGCUAACGGCAUGAACAGCGCUAACAACGCUAACGACGCUAACAGCAUGAACAGCGCUAACGCUAACACCGCUGGGAUCUCGUUCCAAGCGGACCCCAGCGAGUCGCACCAGGUUCGGUUUGUCAAAGGGAUCCUCAAGAAGCAGUCCAAGUACGCCCCGCCCCCCCGAAGCCCCUCGGGCGGCCUGGGGAAGCUGGUUUUUGCCAAACAGGUGGCAAAGUCGAUCCGGGACAGCAUGGAGCUGGCGAGGGGGAGGUGCAGGACCCAAGAGGGCGUGGCCGCCCAGGCGGUGAGGAAGAAGAUCCGCUGGCUGGACGAGGCGGACCGAUUGCCCCAGAACUACGACAACGCCAACGCCACCGCCACCGCCACCGCCACGCGGAGACAGGAGCAGACCGCGGACACUCCCGGCCUCCAGGACCCCGGCGGGUUCUACGCCAGGCCCCCGGACCUCCAGAGGGGCCCCUGCCCUGCGGCCGCCCCGGGCCCCUCCUCAGUCUCGGAGGCGGAUCUCACCAGGCUGGCGUGGGCCGACGCAGGGGUGCAGGUCGGCGUGCGGGAGGUCAGGGGGGCCCCGCGGGGACAGAACCCCCCCGCGCGGCCGGCCGGCCCCCGGGCCCCCCGGAGGGACCGCCCCGGCGGCAGGGCCCCUGUGGCUCCCGCCCCGCGGCGGGUCAGGAAGGGCUCGCUGAUGCGGCCCCAGUCCGCCGCGGAGGCCGGCUGGGCCGGGCGGGCCCCGGGGAGGGUGCUGGUGCCACGCCCGCCGUCCAGGGCCGAGGAGGCGGCGGCGGCGGCGCGGGGCCCCUGCCGGACGCCCUACAGUGCGGAGCGGACCUUUAAGCCCGCGCCCCCCAUCGGGGACCAGGCCCCCGGGGGCCCCGGCAGGAACGGCGACGGCGGCGGCGAGCUCAGGUUCUCCCCUCGCACACACGUCACGAUCCGAGUGGAAGGGGACGUCCUGGUCACGCCCCUCCUGCCCUCCUAUAGGUUCUCCUUCGCCGAGGGCCCGCCCCCACAGAGCCUCCAGCAGGGGCCCAGGGCCGGCUCUGCGAGGAGGGCCGCUGGGGGCCCGGAGAGGGGGCUGGGGUUACACUGUACCCCCACGGACGAGGAGAUCUCCAGGCUCUGGCACGGGGUGCGCAGUGCCUUGGCCACCAGGGAAGCGGCCAGGAACCAGGUGAAGCGACAGAACCUGGAGGCCUCUGGGGGAGCAGUAGCACUGGGGCCCAGGCAGGUGGUGGUGAGGCCAGGCAGACAGGCCCCUGGCGUGGGGAACAGACGGCUUCCUCCACCUCCACCUCCUUCUCCUCCUCCCUCGCAGUCCUUGAAACCGUCCAAGGAGCUUGUCGCGUCCUUCCUCUAUAACCGGGAUGUGUGGCCUACAGAUGAAGGUGCUGAAUCUCCCACAACAGGACAACAUCACGCCAAGGUCGCGGGCUCCAUGGCAACCACCCAAACAUGGAGAUCAGCACUCCCAGGUGGGGCCCCUCAUAGCUCCUCAUCGACGACCCUCUCUCUUGAGGAGCAGAGGAUCCUGCAGUCCUUGGACCGACUUAACCUCCAGCUCCACUGCAUUGAGGAGCAGGAAGAGGCAGAUCCCAGGGGGCCGAUGGCGCUCAACAUGGCGGCAAUCAGGGAUCAAGGCAAGGCCUUGACCAAUCACAAACAGACCCUGUUUUCUGUGAACGGCCGCACCCACAACCACAGGAGGUUCUGAUGUUGGGGGAGAGAGGUCCGGGAUUGGGAUCCUGGUCGAUUCUUUCUAUAUAUCCUACCAUGGGACUUCUCUCUGACGCCCUCCUUCAGUCUGUCCCUUCUCUCCUUACUCACCAAGCACUUUACGACCUACCAGUCCUUGCUCCGAGCAGUUCAGGGCAAAGCCUGUCUCCAAAGAACUGACCGCUGUUCUAUGUAUUUUUUUCUUUCUGUGAGGAACCUGGAUCUCAGAUCUGGAGUGCACAGCUUCCUCCGUAGCACAUAGCUGAACAACAACUCCCCACAAACAAGAAUAAAUUAUUCAUGUUAUUUAUUAGUUAUUUUUCAUAUUAAGUGCAUAGAGAUAUAAGAUCUGGCUAUGAAUGCAUCUACCUAUUUUAGAUGUGUCAUUUCGUUGUUCCGUUUUGCUUAAAGCAGAUGGGAAAUAUUAAUCAAUAAUUGAUAUUAAUCUUAACGUUAUCUAAACGCGAGUGAGACCUCAGGAUACCUGAAGUGUGUGGGAGUUUUCCAUGCUGUAACGUGUGGAUGCCAUUAAAACUGAUAGUGGGUGUGUAAAAGCAAUCUGGGUUUCGUAUAGUUUGAGAUCUUUAUCUUAACCCUCAGUAAUGUUAAUUACCGGAGCGUUAGACUGCCUCUUUGGUUCACUUAGUGCAUCUAGUUUACAGGAAGAUCAUUUCUAUUUUUAUAAAUAUGUCUAUAUUAAAAUAUAUAUAUAAUAUAACAUGUAGCUUCUUCAUGCUUUAUACAUCUUGAAUAAAUACGGUGAACACUUUUUACAUUA